UAUCACACUACUGGUUAUCCAAUGAGUCGCAACACAAAAUAAUUGUGUAAGUAUGUCAACAGUUAGCCGACAUGUUCCCUACGGGUUGCCAUACCGACACAAUUGGCCGUAAUGUGUCAGACGAGGGUACCUACAAUUACUGCCUUCACAGAAGUCACAGAUAAUGAAUGCGUCGGCUGAUUCUCGCAGUUUUUGAAAAAACCUUACAAUUCUCGUGGAUUUAUUGAACUUAAGUUAUGAAUGACCGCCUGAUCAAUGGCUGUGUUGAGGAGGUUCUGGCCGAGACAUGUCCCCUAUGCCAGGACGACAUAUUCCGUCCCAGAGCUUUACCCUGCUCCCACAGAUUUUGUCUCGAGUGUCUCGACUCCUACAUCUAUCGGAAAACCUCGGACGCAUCCGUAGCCUUCACAUGUCCCAAGUGUGACCGAAUAACCAGACCAAUGCGUCUUGACUCAAAUCGAGGCUACUGGGCGGAGCAAUUCCCCGAAACAAAUGUCCAGAAGGACAGAUGUCCUGGUUCAGGUGUCCCAAUGUGUCUACCGUGUCAGAGUAAAGGGGAUGAUGACGUAGUAGCCUCGGAUUGGUGUCGGAACUGCAAGGUUCUUUUCUGUGCCUACUGCCGGAAGUUCCACGACUCUAUCCACAGGCGUCACGUGGUGUUUGAUGUACGAGAAUACCAGCGAAGGGAAGCCUUCUUCAGAGGCAGGUCAUUUGUUUCAAAGACAAAAGAGACUAAAAAUUUUAUCUGUGACUUCCGCUUUGUCCGUUCAUGUAGCUUGACCCGUAUGUUUCCAUCAGCAACCAUCGUUGGGAAAGGCAUCAGAUUUGAGUCUAUUGACCGUUGAUACAAACUUUCCUCGGAGUUUUCUACUUCUCUGACGUGCUCCUUCCUAAAUGAUAUUCCAGAACGAAUCUUCCACUUUUGAAUAUUUGAAGAGUACAAAAGGAAGUUAACUGUAGGUGAACAUGGUGUGAAGGUUUCCUGAUUGUAUUAUGUUGCAGACAUUAGAACCCGGAUGUGCGAAUAGUAUUUCUGUAAAGAUAAAAAACGAAAAAGAGGUGAUGGAGCAUAUGAAUUAUCAAGAGGGAAAAUGCUCUAAAAGACAAGUUUACAGAAUGUGACAUAAAGCGAUAUCUUAUAAAACAAAAAAUCAUCCAUUUUCUUUUCUCUAAUUGUUCGUUGGAGGUAAGCGUCAGUUGCAUUCUCCGACUACUAAGAUCAGAUCAACAUUUAAUUCCUUCUUUAAAGGUAAAGUGCGUUUUGUCGGGGCAACACAUGCUUUUUAUAAUUCAUGUUUUAUUCCUGUAAUAGCGAGCAAGGGAAAUAAAAAGUCUCUUUG